CGAAACCCUAGGUGUGCUGCGCCCUCGUAUAUAAGCGCGAACCCUCGCUCUUCGCUUUUCUGAAGUUUCGGCGGCGGAGGCAGCGGCGGCGUGCUCGUGAUCUCAACAAGGCGCACUCGACUCCGGUCGCCCGUCGCUCCGCGCAACCAUGUCGAAGAGGAAGACCAGGGAGCCCAAGGAGGAAAAUGUCACCCUUGGACCCACUGUCCGUGAAGGAGAGUAUGUCUUUGGUGUUGCUCGCAUCUUUGCGUCCUUCAAUGACACUUUCAUUCAUGUCACUGAUUUGUCUGGAAGGGAAACACUGGUUCGGAUCACUGGUGGGAUGAAGGUCAAGGCUGAUCGUGACGAGUCAUCACCUUACGCAGCUAUGCUUGCAGCCCAAGAUGUUGCACAGCGAUGCAAGGAGCUUGGUAUCACUGCACUGCAUAUUAAGCUUCGUGCCACUGGAGGCAACAAGACCAAGACUCCUGGACCUGGUGCUCAAUCUGCUCUCCGGGCUCUUGCCCGUUCUGGGAUGAAAAUUGGGCGCAUUGAGGAUGUUACCCCGAUUCCCACUGACAGCACUCGCAGAAAGGGUGGUAGGAGGGGGAGGAGGCUGUAGGUGCCUUGUUCAGGCUACUUGUCAUCUCUUGGCGCGGGCCAUCAAGAAACUAGUCCUCUCUGGAUAGUGUUGCUGUUUCUACGCUUCUCAAGAGGAGCUUUAAUUUUGCUCUAUGUUGAGUACCAUUUACUGUUAGUCGAAUCUAUGAUGUUGCCUGGUUCCUAUUUUGGUUGAGGAAUUAACUUGUCAUAUUUAUGCUAAAACAUGCGUUUUCACUCUAUAGAACCUUGUAUUUCCUUUCAGAUUGAUUAUUAGUUAGCUCGAUAAGAUACAGCAUUAUUGCUUGGUUUUGCAUGGUGCUGAACAGAAUCCUCUGCUUUCUGAAUACCAGUUUUAGAAUCUACUUUU